AUGCGCAGGAGCGCGCGCAGGUUGGGCCCGGUGUCGCGCUGUGUCGCGGGUUGGAAGCGACUGGCAGGGAUCAUCCAAGUCCUGUUCGUAGCCCUGUACAGGACAGCCUCAGGAGUCGCACCGUGUGCCCGGGAGCGUUAUCCAAACGCUUCUCGAACUCUAGCUGAACAUGAGCCAGCAGGGGUCCCGGUGGCCAAGAUCAGGGGCACUCUGGCCUGCAUCAGAAAGUGUGGCCAGCAGGACCAGGGCAGGGAUUUCCCCCCUGUAUUCAGCACUGAUGAGGCAACACUUCAAAUACUGAGUUCAGUUCUGGACCCCUCAAUUCAGAAGGACAUUCAGGUGCUGGAGCGCGUCCAGAGAAAGGCAGUGAUGCUGGUGAAGGGUCUGGAGCACACAUCCUGUGAGGAGCAGCUGAGGGAGCUGAGGGUGUUUAGCCUGGAGAAGAGGCGGCUCAGGGAUGACCUUAUCUCUCUCUACAGCUGCCUGGAAGGAGGCUGGGGGCAGGUGCGGGUCGGGAUCUUGUCCCAGGCAAGCAGGGCAAGAGGACAUAACCUCAAACUGCGCCAGGGGAGGUUCAGGCUGGACAUUAGGAAGAAAUUAUUCACAGAAAGCAUGAUUAAAUAUCGGAAUGGGCUGCUCAGUGAGGCGGUGUUGUCGCUGUCCCUGGAGGUGUUUAAGGAGAGCCCGGACAUCGCACUUGGUGCCAUGGUCUAG